AACUAUUAUGACCUCAUGCUCCCCCCUCCCCUCCCCACCUUCCUCUGCUCUUCAUUCAGCAGUCAAGGCCUAAGGUUCCUCUCUGUUGGAAGUUGUGACUCGGUUGUGUUUACAUCAUCCGCCAAACUGUUUUAUGAAUUCUACGACUUUUAUGGGCGGCGGGGCGGCAAGCUGGCGGGCGUGGAGGGUGAGGCUGGGUCCACCACUCGCCCCCGACGUGACCACCCCCUAGCCCGAACUCGCAUCAACACACGCGACGCUGAGGCGCUCACAGAGGUGUGUUGUGGCGAGGAGCUGCCUGAGGUAGAGAUCAUCAGCUUGCUGCAGGAGCAGAUCCCCAGAUACCGGCUGCGUGCUGAUACCCUCACACAGUUUACUGGUUACGAAAACCAGGAUUGGUUCAUUCCGAGUCCGGCGUUUAAAACCGGAAGAUUUCGACGUUGCAGCGCUCACUUCGGACCAAAUCCGAGAAACUCUCAACUAUUUCCAUGUCCCACACCAACUUCCUGUCCAUUCUCUCCACACCUGAUCCUCACCUUAGAUCUCAUGUCCUCGACAGUUUCACUGUAGGAUGUUAUUCCAUAUCAUUAACACUUUAUUAUCAAUUAUAUUAUAAAUAAUAGAAAAGGG